AGGUCCUGUGGCAGAGCUGCUGCAUGAGCAGUGUCCCCAGCGAGGGAGUGCCUGAUGCUGGCUGUCAUGGCUGAUCCUGCCCUGGAAGAACAUGUGUCCCAGGUGCCUGAGCUGUGUUCCGAGUGUGGCCAGUCCCACCUGGUGCUGGACAAUCACCUCUACAACUUCCAGGACGAGGUGGACGAUGAGCUCAUCUGCCACAUCUGCCUGCAGCCCCUGCUGCAGCCCAUGGACACCCCCUGCGGGCACACCUACUGCUUCAGGUGCCUCGAGAACUUCAUGCAGGAGUACAGCUUCUGCCCCAUGGACAGGAAGAAGCUCUCCUUCCAGCAGUGCCACAAGUCCAGCCUGCUGGUCCGGAACCUGCUGGAUAAGCUGAUUGUGCUGUGUCCCUUCAAGGCCGAGUGCCAGCAGACCAUGCAGCGCUGUGAGCUGGAGGCUCAUCUGCACAACAGGUGUCCCGGGUUCAAGAAAUACAAAUCUGAACUACAGAGGAAAAAGAAUCCCAUUUCCAAAGGGAAGGAAGAUCCUCCCACCAAGGGGGAGACAAACACACCCAAGGAUGCAGAGGUACCAGGUGGAGGCUCAUCACUUGUGGCAGAAAGCUCUGGAGCUGCUGUGGUGUCACUGGGGACUGCUGAGCCUGGGCUGGUUAAUCCAGCUUUUGAGGAGACUGAAGAAGACCUCCCUCACAGAACGAGUCUUGUGGCUGAAACCACCACCAUUGAAAUCCACCGAGAAGACCUGGAGGAGGAGCUGGGGAUAAGGAUUGUGGGGGGUAAAGACACCCCACUGGGGAACAUUGUUGUUCAGGAAGUGCUGCGGGACUCUGUGAUUGCUGCAGAUGGGAGAAUAGCACCUGGGGACCAUAUUCUGGAGGUGAAUGGUGUCAACAUCAGCAGUGUGACUCACUGUCAGGCUGUCUCCUUCCUGCGCCACCCAGGCCCUGUUCUCCACCUCAUGGUCCUGCAGGAAAAGGGCUUUUCCAACAAGACUGCACAGCAGGAUUCCAGUUCUGCAAACCGGGAAGUGAUCCACGUCACCUUGAUCAAGAGAGACCGCUCCGAACCCUUGGGAAUCAAACUGAUCAGGAAGACUGACGAGGCUGGGAUUUUUAUUCUGGAUCUCUUAGAGGGAGGUUUGGCAGCCAAAAAUGGGAGGCUGAGUCGGAAUGACAGAGUGCUGUCAAUAAAUGGGCAGGAUCUGAGGCAAGGGACACCUGAGGCCGCAGCACAGAUCAUCCAGACCACUGAAUCCAGAGUGAACUUUGUGAUCCUGAGGCAGCCCGGGGUGCAGCUGCCAGAGCCAGCAGAGGAUGGCAGCUCCUCCAACAGCAGCAGCAGCAGCAGCAGCAGUGGGGGCAGCCCUGUCCACCACCGGAGGCGGCUGGACCAGAACCACUACAGACGGAAAUCCACCUACCAGAAGGAUUUACCUCAGGGAUAUGCAAGUCAUGAAAAGACAGUUGCAAUCAAAAAGGAACCGAAGGAAUCUUUAGGAAUAACAAUUGGAGGUGGAAGAGAUAACAAAAACAAGCUCCCUAUUUAUGUAACGAGUGUGCAGCCCAUCGGGUGCCUCUUCAGGGAUGGCAGAAUCAAGAGAGGAGAUGUACUUUUGAGCAUCAAUGGCAUUGAUUUGACUCAUCUGAACUAUUAUGAAGCUGUGGCAGCACUGAAAUCUAAUGCUGCUUCCCACUCAGUCACACUGAAAGCCUUGGAAAUCCUUUCCCUCAACUCGCCAGAGGCACCCCUGGACGUCAGGGAGCAGGGAUUCAGCUGGUCCCCCCUCUGGAUCACAUGGCUGGGACUGCCCAGCUACCUGCACUUCUGCCAGGAUAUUGUCCUGAGUAAAGGGAACCUGGAGAGCUGGGGCUUCAGCAUCGUUGGGGGCUUUGAGGAGAGCAAAGGAAACCAGCCCUUCUUCAUCAAAACCAUCGUGCCCGGCACUCCUGCCUUCCGGGACAGGAAGCUCAAGUGUGGAGACGAGAUCGUGGCCGUGAACGGAGUCCCGGCCAUCGGAAUGAGCAACGCGGAGCUGAUCCCGAUGCUGAAGGAGCAGCGCAACAAAGUCACCCUGACGGUGGUGUCCUGGCCAGGGAGCCUCGUGUGACAGCUCACACCAUCCAGCACUGCCUGCGGGAUCAGGGACCAGCUGCCACCACGGGGGACACAUGGACCCAGGGCCUGCUCCACUCCUGCUCCCGGGGCAGUGCCAGGGAGGACACUUUGCUUCCUUCCUGUGGAAAACAUUUUCCUGUGCCAAGGUUGUCACCAAAUCUGGCAGUUGAACUCCGAGGAACAGUUAAUCCAACAGUUGUGGCUUCCCAGGCUCAUUAAAACUCCUUAGGUUGCUGUUGCAGAGGAAGCUCUUCCCAGCGUUUCUCACAACCUGCCUUGGAGGCUGGUCAGGCACUUCCCUUGAUUUUAGGGCUCAGCUUUCCUUUUCCUAUUUUGAUCAGGUUAAACCAGUGGCUCUUAGGAGCUGCUAAUAAAUCAUUCUGUAGGGACAGGGACCCACUCUUGAUAUUUUCAGGUUUCAGUAACCCAGGGAAUGUGUUAAUACAUUGAAAAAACCAAUGGUAACUCAGAGCUGGCACCUGAAGAGCUGCUGGGGCAGGAUGGUGGGGCUGUGUUGACCCGUACGAAGGUCCUGUCAUAAAUCCUGGUUUAGGAUCCUGCCAACUCCACUGAUUUAUUGCAAAUGGACAAUUUAAACUGCUUAAAGAACCCCUUUCAAAGGGAGCAGCAGAAGUGGUUUCACUGACAUGUGAUGUUGCAGAGUGUGACUUUAGCAGAGGGCGAUGGCAAGGCUCACAGAGAAGCUUCCCUGGUUUUAUGACUUGAUAAAGCAGCUUUUCCCACAGAAGGCAGGUGAUUCAGUAAACAGGCUGUAACCAGCACCCUGUGUCCCACAUGCUGUCUGUGAUUCUCUCAGCUGCCUGGCUUUCCCUUAUCAAUCCCAGUGCCCAAGGCGGGGUUGGGGCAGGGGGAGGAGCCCCUGCAUGGUCAGGCAGA